AAAUAAAUUUUCGUUCACCGACAAGUGACGCUAGCAAAACACAAAUCAAUCGAAUUUCCAGCUUUGGGAAAUUUUUAAAGAAAGUCGGUACUUCAAGCCACUGAUUCAGAAAACGGCACACCGGAUCUCCGCCAUUCGCCGUCGUUUUGAAGCGUUUCUCAACCAUGAAACUUCUCGGCCAUGUCGAUUCCCUCAAAAGCCAAACGUCGAUCAAAUUCGCGGCCUUUAUUUUUAUUUCCGUCGCUUCCUUUUACUUAGGCAAACACUGGUCCGACGGUUCCCGCCAACUUAUCUUCUUCUCCCGCCAAUCCCCUUCUGGAACGACGUCGUAUUCACCUUCCAUCGCUCUUUCUCCUAAUCUCAAUAAAGAAUUCAAUGUCUCCGCUCUCAUUGACACUCCGGAACCUCCUCGUUCAGCUAAAAGCGAAGGAAAGUGGGCGUCGGGGUCUUUGAAAGCUCCGCCUCCACCUCCAGAGUUCAAGAUUUACGGGAUCGUAGAUGAGAAUGGUACAAUGUCGGAUAAGUUUGAGAUCGGGGAGUUUGAUACGGAUUUGGUGGAGAAUUGGGAUAACGGAGCGGAGAUUGAGGCGGAAACGGGUAAAGAGGAUGUUAGGUCUACCUUUAGGGUGAAGAAGUUUGGGUUUUGCGGAGAAAAUAUGAGAGAGUAUAUACCGUGUUUGGAUAACGUGGAAGCGAUUAAGAGGCUUAAAUCGACGGAGAGAGGGGAGAGAUUUGAACGGCAUUGCCCGGAGAAAGGGAAAGGAUUGAAUUGCUUGGUUCCAGCUCCAAAAGGAUAUCGCCCUCCGAUCCCCUGGCCUAGGAGCCGCGAUGAGGUAUGGUUCAACAAUGUUCCUCAUACACGUCUAGUAGAAGACAAAGGUGGCCAAAAUUGGAUUUCUAGAAAAGGGAAGGAUAAAUUCAAGUUUCCUGGAGGUGGCACACAGUUCAUACAUGGGGCAGAUCAAUACCUGAAUCAGAUUUCUAAGGUGGUCCCUGAUAUUACAUUUGGACAUCAUAUUCGGGUUGUUCUGGAUGUUGGAUGUGGUGUGGCAAGUUUUGGUGCCUAUUUGAUGUCACGGAAUGUUAUAACCAUGUCUAUUGCUCCCAAAGAUGUCCAUGAAAACCAGAUUCAAUUUGCACUUGAGCGUGGAGUGCCUGCAAUGGCAGCCGCAUUUGCAACUCGCCGUUUGUUGUACCCAAGUCAAGCCUUUGAUUUGAUACAUUGUUCUAGAUGUCGUAUCAAUUGGACUCGUGAUGAUGGAAUUUUGCUUCUUGAGGUCAAUAGAAUGCUCAGGGCUGGUGGAUAUUUUGCUUGGGCUGCCCAGCCAGUUUACAAGCAUGAAGAAGCCCUUGAGGAACGGUGGGAAGAGAUGCUUAACCUUACUACUCGCCUCUGCUGGAAUCUUGUAAAGAAGGAGGGAUAUAUUGCUAUAUGGCAGAAGCCCUUGGACAACAGUUGUUAUUUAAGCCGUGAAGCCGGGACUAGUCCUCCUUUGUGUGAUCAAGAUGAUGACCCAGAUAAUGUUUGGUAUGUUGACCUGAAGGCCUGCAUUAGUCGACUUCCUGAGAAUGGAUAUGGUGCAAAUGUUGCUCCUUGGCCUGCUCGUCUGCAAAUUCCACCUGACAGGCUGCAGAGCAUACAAAUAGAUUCAUAUAUAGCCAGAAAAGAGCUCUUCAUGGCAGAAUCAAAAUACUGGAAUGAAAUAGUGGAUAGCUAUGUCCGUGCUCUUCAUUGGAAGAAAUUUCAACUGAGAAAUGUAUUGGACAUGAGAGCUAGCUUUGGAGGAUUUGCGGCCGCGAUAAUUGAGAAUCAACUUGAUGCUUGGGUUCUAAACGUGGUCCCUAUUAGUGGGCCCAAUACCUUGCCUGUUAUUUAUGAUCGUGGAUUAAUAGGGGUCAUGCAUGACUGGUGUGAACCAUUUGAUACAUACCCAAGGACCUAUGAUUUUUUGCAUGCAGCAGGCCUCUUCUCAAUUGAGAGGAAAAGGUGCAAUAUGUCUACAAUCAUGCUUGAAAUGGACCGGAUAUUGAGACCUGGUGGACGUGUAUACAUACGUGAUUCUCUGGAUGUUAUGGAUGAACUUGAAGACAUUGCAAAAGCCAUGGGUUGGCGGCCAACUCUACGUGAUACAUCCGAAGGUCCUCAUGCAAGUUACAGGAUCUUGACAUGUGACAAGCGUCAUGGUUGAACAAAUUGGAACUUUAAGUAUUAUGUGUGAUGUUUAGUAAUGCAAAUUGGAAAGAUAAUUCGAGAAGCGCAGUCAUUUGCAAGCGAAAGAAAGAAGCUUGUGUAUCGAAAUUUGAACUGCAGAUAAGAGGAUUGAAGGAUGCAAGUCAUGGAACGGGGGGAUGCUUAUAAUUGGUGUGCUGUGUGCUACAGACAAGGAUGAUGUCCUGGGGUGAAAGGUAGACACUUUUCUAACUUAAUUGUAACAUAUACGGUCAUUGUAGGUGCAUUUUAUUUUUCUCUAGGCAGUAGGAGCAUUAUUUAGACUCCAAUGUGACUGUUCAGUUUUUCUUUUUUCUUUUUUUAAAUAAUGAUGUAUUUAGAGAAUCAUAAUUCUUAUCUGAUUGUGGGUAAAAAAGUUAAAACCCAUUAUUCGAUUUACCGUUAGUUAAAAGCCAAUUUGGUAAUUUUAAAAA